CCUCACGCGAAACCUCUGUUUAGUAGCCUUUAAGCCACAGAACCCUCUCUCUCUCUCUCUCUCUCUCUCUCUCUAGCUCAUUCAGCUCAGCCUCCCGUCUGGUCUAAUGUUGAUCUCCGGCCGCGCAACCUCCACCACGACCCUCGCUUCUUCUACACUGAAGCGGAAGAGGCCGCCGAACAUUGAGAUCCCGAACGUGCUGCGGGAGGUCCGACCGGGCGAGCUGAAGCUCCGGGACUCCACCCCGAAGAAGAGCGACGCCGCAUGCCUCGGAUCUGCCGCUGGAGUCGGCGUCUUCUCCGUCAAGGGUAAGAAGAAGUUUAUGGAGGACACCCACCGGAUCAUCCCCUCCUUCCUCGGCAACCCAAACAAGGGUUUCUUCGGAGUCUAUGAUGGGCAUGGCGGUAGAAAGGCUGCCGAUUUUGUCGCGGAGCGGUUGCAUAAGAACAUAAUCGAAAUGGUGGAGAACUGUCAAUCUGGUUCAUCAAAAGAAGAAGCUGUUAAAGCCGGGUACUUGAAAACCGAUGAGGAGUUUCUAGUCCAGGGUUUAAGCAGCGGUGCCUGCUGUGUUACUGCCUUAAUCGAAGGACAAGAGAUCAUCAUCUCAAACUUAGGCGACUGCAGGGCUGUUCUUUCUAGAGGCGGAGUGGCCGAAGCUCUCACGAAAGACCACAGGGCUGACGAGGUGAUUGAAAGGCAGAGAAUAGAAGACAAAGGAGGGUAUGUGGAGAUGCACAGAGGGGCUUGGAGAGUUCAUGGGAUUCUCGCUGUUUCUAGAAGUAUCGGAGAUGCUCAUUUGAAGCAGUGGGUUGUGGCGGAACCCGAAACAACAGUCCUUCACCUGACAUCGGACAUGGAGUACCUCGUCCUGGCCUCUGAUGGGCUGUGGGAAGAGGUCGGGAACCAGGAAGCUAUCGAUAUCAUUUCUCGUUUAUGCAUGAAAGAAAUGAAACCUCUGAAGCUAACAGAUCUUCGCCAGGAUGAUAAUGACGACACCUAUGGUCGUGUAAAUGUGAGCCCGUCGUCAAAGUUGCGGCGAGUCGCUCUGGUCAAGCAACAGAAGAGAGCGAGCCAACAAUCUCCAAAUCAUUUAAGAACGUGUGCUACCAUGAAUGGAGAUACUGAAGAAGACGACAUUUCUUGUGAGAUUGAUGGCCCUCCGUCAAAAUUGAGAAAAAUUUCACUGAUGAACCGAAUAAACCCUAAGCCUGAUCACCCAAGUCAAGAGAACAGCCUUAAUGCAGGGUUCUCUUCAAUCGGGAUAGUAGCUGCUUGCAAGGAGCUUGCAAACCUUGCUGUCAGUAGGGGUAGUUUAGAUGAUAUUACAAUCAUGAUCAUCGAUCUGAAUUGCUUCAGAUGCAACAAUCUCUCCUCGGGUAGUUUAGCAUGCAAUUAGUAUUCCUGCUAAAAGUUAGAUGAAAUUAUUCUCAUUGUAAGAUACGGUGAAGCAGUCGACCCAAUUUCCAGUUUACGAUAAUCUUCUUCA